AUGAAUCAAGAACAGUUUGAUCAACUUCAGACCAUCUUCAAUGAGGUCGAUACCAAUGGCAGUGGAUUCAUCGAUAGGAAUCAACUUGGUCGUCUAGUGGCAAAGAUAACAAAUGCUAGUUUGGAGGAUAAGGAAGAGGAACUUGAUACAUUGAUGAAGUCAUUGGAUACUGAUGGAGAUGGAAAGUUGGCAUUCGAGGAGUUUGUCAAGGGUUAUGCUGUCAUUCAUUCAGAGUUGGAGGGUGGUAACAAUCAUGAUGAUGUCGAUGAUGAACCCAUCGAUGAGCAAAAGAUUGAAGAGAUUCUAAAGUCUUCUGGAAGUUAUACAUUGAACAAAUCACAAGACGACUAUGAACAUAUGAUUAGAAGUAUAUUCAAUUCAUUCGAUACAGAUAAUGAUGGAGUGGUCAAUAUGGAACAGCUGAGAGAGAUGCUCAUUGAUAUAAAGACAAAGAGUGGCAUUGAGGGAGACGACCAAGACGACAUUGAUUACAUCGUCGGCAUGUUCUCUGAUGAUGGCGCAUCACAGACAGCCACUGGAGUCAACUUCAAUCAGUUUAUGAGCGCCAUCCAACAUAUCACCGCGCCAAACACUCAAGAGUCCAACGCGGACAACACUGGAGACUCCACCACUGACUCAUCGGCAACCACCAACGCCGAAGACUCGGAAGAGCAGGCCAACAACACUUCCAACGAGGACACCUCCACGAUCAAGGUGCGUGGCCGCGCCUCAAGCUGGGUCACACCAGUGUCCAUCGCACAGAUGAUCAAGAAGCGCUCGGCGAUGAUCCCGCAAGAGACCGAGGUGUUCACAGAGGAGAGCAUUGCCGUCGAUCAGGCGAUGGUCGACCAGCUGCGUCGCAAGGAGGCGAUGCUCAAACAGGAGAACCAGCAUCUGGGCACAAAGAUUGUGAUGGUCGAGGAUCAGUUGCGCCAGGUGAAGGAGGCGCAUGAGAAGCUGUCCGACGACAACGCGUUGCUCAAAAAGACCGUGAUCAGCAACAGGAAGACCCUGGCCCAGAAUGAGAAGCUGGGCGGCCAGGUCAAGCAGCUGGAGGAGGCGAUCGAGCAGGUCAAGCAGGAGCUCAAGCAGUCGAGCGAGCAGCGCGCAGAGGUCCAACGCCAGGCCAACAAGCUGAAGCAGGAGAAGGAGGUGCUGAAUGGCCAGCUCGACGCGGGCGCCCAAGAGCUAAGCGCCAUGCAAGCCAAGGUCAAGUCGCUCGAAGCUGAGAUGGCUGUGGUCGUCGCCAAGCUGUCAGCGGCCAAUGAUGCCGCUGCCACUGCCGCUGCUGCCACGCCCGAGGUAUCGAUCGACGAGCUGAACGGCCUAAAGGAGGAGAACAAGGGACUGCGCGACACAAUGCAGCGCGAUGCAGAGACCGCCCAACAGAGCUUGAAGCAGUUGACCGAGCAGCUCCAGCAGGUGCAGAGUCAGAGCGCGGAGGAGAAGGCACAGGUUGAGUCGUCCAGCCAAUCGACGAUCGCCCAGCUCCAAACCAUUGUACAACAACAAAAGGACGACAUUGAGCAGCGCACACAGAGCGGCGCGCAACAGCAAAACGAACUUUCACAGGCGCAGCAGCGUGCGCAGCAGUUGGAGACCCAGCUGCAGCAACAUCAAACCGAGCUCGACACACUUCGCCAAAAGCAUGCCCAGGAGUUGGCCCAGGUUCAAGCCCAGGCCCAACUCACACAACAACAGAGCCAAGACAAUGGCGAGCUGACCCAGACCAGACAGCGCGCACAGGAGCUCGAGACACAGCUUGGAGCCAUGCGCCAACAGCAUUCCCAGGAGCUGGACACGCUGCGCCAACAACACGCCCAGCAGCUGGCCGUUCACACACAGCAGCAGGCUCGUCUGCAGCAACUAGAGAGCACACAUGGCGCGCUCCAGGCCGAGAACGAGACACUCAAGACGCAGCUGGCCGGCGCCCAGGGAACCUUUGACACGCAGAGGAAGGACUACGAGGCGAGACUAGGCGAGAUGAGGAACCAAGUCAAGAGUAUGCAGCACGAGCAGCAACAGCAGCAACAUCAACAGAAGCAGGUGUUUGAGGUGGAAGAGGACAGCUCAAACACGAGGUCACUGAGGGCCAGAAUCGACGAGCUGAGUUCCAAGCUGCAGAAUGAGCGCGAUCUCAACAAAUUCCUUCAGAGUCAGUUGGAUGGCCAUGGCAACAGAAACGACGACGAGGUACCCCUGAUCAGUCACAACAACUAUGCACGUCACAACAGACAGUGCUGUGGACUCUGCUGA